AUGUUUGUGACGCCAUCUCAAGUAAACGAGAUUGCCGAAGCGCUUGUGAGCCUUCAACAUGGUGCCGGAUUCCCAAUUGUCUAUGCCGCAGUGUUCCACUAUUUGGUCGAGGUUACGCGUUUGAAAGAAGGGGAGUUGAUUUCAAUCCAUGCAGCAGCAGGCGGCGUAGGACAGGGAGUUCUAAUGCUCGCCAACCGCGUCGGGGCUCGAGUCUUUACAACCAUUUCUUCUGAAUCCAAGAAGAAGAUUCUACUCGAGUACGGUGUACGCGAGGAGGAUAUCUUCUACAGCCGCAACCUAGAUUUCACGCAGAUGAUCCUGCAACAAACCAGUCAGCGUAGAGUAGACGUCGUCUUGAACUUGUUGGCAGGCGAGGCUCUUCGGAUGAUAUUUGAAUGCAUGGCCCCAUGUGGUCGCUUUAUCGAGAUUGGCUCUUCCAUCGCUCUCGCUGCCAUAUCAAUUUUUCCAGAAAAUGUGACAUAUCUGGUCAGCGGUGGUCUUGGUGGUCUCGGUCGGAGUGCAGCGCGGUGGGUGGCAUCUCGUGGGGCAAAACACUCCCUGUUCCUCUCAGGAUCCGGUGGCCCCAAUGCAGAUGCACAGCUCCUACUUAACGAACUGAAAGACGCCGGGUACUAUGAGCAAAUCCUGCAGGUUGAUAUUAGUGACUCGGUUGCCUUGAAUCAAGCGAUCAGAGCUCAUACGGAAGCAAUGCCCCUUAUCCGAUGUUGUAUUAAAAGUGGGAUGACAUUGUCGGAUUCUACCUUUGAAACAAUGACAUCAAUUUUCUUUGAAGCUAGUAUUAGGACCAAGGAACGCGGGUCAUGGAACCUCUACGAGAUGCUUCCACGGGAUCUCGACUUUUCCCUCUUCCUGUCUUCAUGUGCUGGUGUGAUCGGGAACCGUGGCCAAGGCAACUACAACCAUCCCUCCGAAGCCGUAUUAGGGAACCAAGUCGUUCCGCAGGACGAGUUCCAUGCUCUGUUGGAGUACCAUUGCAAUGUGCAAAACUCAGAUGUGUGUCCACGAACUGGGGUUGGACUUUGUACUCGUGAACAGUUCUAUGCAGACAACUUGCCAGAGCCUGCCUUCCUGGGAAGUCAGGGCAAUACUGCGGAUGGUGCAAAGUUAUCAAUCAAGGGGUCAUUGGACAAAGCCCGCCAGGAAAAAGCACUCCAGAUUGUGGUUGAAGGGAUCAUUGAGAAAUUGUCCAAUUUAUUGGCCAUAUCUGCCACCGAGAUUGACAGCGAGACGCCCUCUUCAAGGUAUAGCGUUUAUUCCCUUGUAGCUAUUGAGAUUCGCAAGUGGCUGUCAAAGGAGGUAGAUAUGGAGUUUGAGGUGUUGGAUAUUGGGCAGUCAGUCGAUUGUCGAUUUAAGCGAGCCGGUGCUCGAAGCUAA